AUGGACCCAUUGGAAUUUUUGCGUACUUACGAUGAUGGUGAUGAUGACGACGAUGAGCACAUUUUAUUUUUAUUUGUUUUACUAAUGGACGAGUAUUUUGAAUGUAAUAUGAAGCCAAGGCCAUGUAGAACUUCUGGGCUUCAAGGCCAUGCUUAUAUGCUUGAAAUAUUGAGUGGCCACCCUGCUAGAUGUUUUCAAAUGUUCAGGAUGGAAGUGCAUGUCUUCAUAAAUCUAUGUGAACGAUUGAAGGGAUUGGGAUUAAAAGAUUCUAGGUACUUAACUGUGCAAGAGCAACAAAUAAUUCGUCCACCAGAUUUUAACAUUGUACCUCCAGAAAUCCGCAACAAUGAUAAGUUUUAUCCAUUCUUCAAGAAUUGUGUUGGAGCAAUUGAUGGAACACACAUCCACGCAUAUGUUCCAUCAUCAAAUCAAAUUCCUUAUCGAGGGAGGAAGUCAGAUACAACACAAAAUAUUUUGGCCGUGUGUUCUUUUGACAUGAGAUUUUCUUAUGUAUUGGCUGGAUGGGAAGGUAGUGUAAAUGACUCAAGAGUUUUAAUGGAGACUAUUUUCAAUGAUAGUAUGCAAUUUCCAACACCACCUGAAGGUAAGUACUACCUAGUUGAUUCCAGAUAUGCUAAUAUGUCUACAUUCUUAGCACCACAUCGUGGUGUUUGGUAUCAUUUGCAAGAUUAUAGAGGUCGUAGGGGACAAGUACGAGGCCCUAAAGAGUUAUUCAACUAUAGACACUCAUCACUUAGAAAUGUCAUUGAACGUUGUUUUAGGAUACUUAAGAAACGUUUUCCCAUUCUUAAGUUGAUGUCGAGUUAUGAUGUAGACAUGCAAGCACAAAUCGUAGUUGCUUGUUGCACAAUCCAUAAUUUCAUUUGUGAUGAAGCACGUUUAGAUCGUUUAUUUAAUGAAUAUGAAAAUGAGAAUGUUGGUCUUGAAGAAGAUGAAUCAGCUAGUACCUCUACACCUCAUGUCCCAGCUGAUGUAAGAGUUACUCAAGAUAAAAUACGACUGAUGAAUGGAGUUCAUGAUUCAAUCACAAAUGAGCUGUGGAACAACUUUCAUAGAGGGUGA